AUGUAUAGUAAUAAAAGCCUGCAGAGACGUCAGCGACAGUACAUUUCAGAAUCCAGGUCAGAAGAGAAAUUUUCGAACUCCCUGAUUCGUCUCAAUGGCCAAAGUCUUCUUGAUACAACCGGCAACAACACAACUACGAGAAAUAAUAGUUCUGAUGUCGUCAUUGUGAUCAUGGAAGGACGGGGAAGUAAUGAAGGACAGAUUGGAAUUGCAAUGCACGACGUGCGACAUCCAGAAAUCAAUCUAUGCGAAUUCGUAGAUUCAAGAGAGUACACAACUCUGAAAACUAUGAUUAAUAUUGUAAUUCAAAAUGGAAACGAAGAAAGAGGAUCCACGAAACUUCUCGGAGAGGCUCUUAUGACUGCAUUUCCAGAUGCGUCUCUUCAAUCGAUUAGUUCGAAAUAUUUCAAAUCAGAACGAGGAGAAAGACAACUCAAUUCCUUAAUGAAUGCCGAAGUUUCAACUGUCUCCGAAGGAUGUCUUCGUCGUUCUCUUGCUUUAGGGGCUCUCGCCGUUUUACUCAAAUACAUUCACGAAACGAGAUGUGUAUUUUUCCGUGUGAAGUCACUUCGAAUCAAAGAAAUUGGAGUAGAUGACACUUGCAUGAUUGAUUUCGUGUCUUGGGAAAGUUUGGAAAUCAUUGAUACAGAUGAUGCAAGUAAAGCGAGGAAGUGUCAGAUGAAGCAGAAACGGACACUAAUGUCAGUUCUGAAUCACACUGUGACGACAAACGGCUACCGCCUAUUACGCUCUAAUGUCCUGCAACCUUCCACAGACGUCAAUGUCAUCGAAUCUCGGCAAGAAGCUAUCGAGGAACUGAUUGCCAAGCCACAGUUGAAGGAUAAAUUGAAAAGAACGUUGUUAAGAUCUCAAGAAUUAGACAGAGUUAUUGCAAUGUGCAUUCAAACGUCAACUUCUUGGACAGUUCGGGAUUCUGAAGCAAAAAUCAAUCAGAUUAUUAAGUUGAUUCAAACUCUAAAAGUUAUUCAAGUCAUCCGAGAAUUACUUGAUUCCGCACGAGUCAAAUCGAAUCUUUUGAAUGAGAAAACUGAAUUUCUCAAAGACCCUCGUUUCGAUCAAAUUAUGGAAAUUCUCAUUAAAAAAGUGGAUGAUACUCUUCUCGAUGGUCGUAAGAAUUCACUUCAUCUCCAAAAUACAAAGUGUUAUGCGAUUAGAAAUCAUGUUGCUGUUCAGUUGGAUCUAGCCAGACAGACUUAUGAAGAGCUAAUUGCAGGUGUUGAAGAAGUCGGCGCUCGCGAAAUUGCCCAACACUUCCAUAAUAAUGCAUCAGUUCGGCUUUCGUUUUCACAGGCUCGUGGAUUCCACUACACAUUUGUCACUCGUCAAGCAGAGACCGUUACAAUUCCUCGUCAUUUUCUGGAAGUAUUCAGAAACAGAACGACGGUAACAUUCAAUUCGAGAGAGGUAAUCGCUUAUAAUGAUCGAUUAGAUCAGGCAGUAUCGGAAAUGUUCUUGGCAAGUGAUGUUAUUGUAUGUGCUAUGAUUGAAGAAAUGCAACCAAUGAUUCCUGUUCUGUAUUAUGCCAUGGAUGCUCUUUCAACGAUUGAUUUUCUUUGUGGUCUUGCAACGUAUUCUGAUUUAAGAGAAACUUGUCGACCAUCGUUUGGUCCAUCCUUUUCAGUCAGUCAGGGUCGUCAUCCGAUUCUUGACUGGGCUGAUUCAGAGAAAACUAUCACGAAUGAUACGUGUUUGACAAGAGAUCGUCGCUUUGGAAUCAUCACUGGACCGAAUAUGGCUGGUAAAUCGACUUAUUUGAAACAAGUGGCUCAGAUCUCAAUCAUCGCUCAAAUCGGAUGUUUCAUCCCAGCUAAUUAUGCUUCACUGCCAAUUUUCACUCGAAUUUUCUCAAGAAUGGGUCAUAAUGAUGAGUUGAUGCGAAACAAGUCAGCAUUCGCUUCGGAAAUGUCAGAUGCUGCCGCAAUUGUGCAAUACGCAGACAAGAGGUCACUUGUAGUUCUCGACGAGUUGGCACGUAGCACAUCUACAGAAGAAGGCAUUGCUAUCACAUAUGCUAUUUGCGAGAAAGUGUUGGAAUUGCAGAGCUAUACAUUCUUGGCAACUCAUUUUCUCGAUAUUGCCGCACUCGCCAACUACUCGAAUGCUAUCGACAAGUAUGAUAUUACAGAGUCUCGAGUAAUAAUGAGCCAAGUUUCCAGCUAUCACUUCCUCCCACAAACCGAUGAGAAUUCGUUCAAGAAGCACAAGUUGCUACGAGGACAAUACAGAGGGCCAUUAUACGGUAUGAAUAAUUUAUUAGUGGGGUGA